GUCAAGGUUGAGAUUGUUGGCUGGAUUGGAAUUCUAAUUUCUUCCCGCAGGUGCAGGAGCAGGAGCAGGUGCAGGAAAAUGGAACCAACAGAAAAAGAGGAAAGAAAUGGUCAAUUCAGAGUUGCCAAGAGGAUUGAUUUCUUGGAAGAGAUGGUCAAUUCAGCUCAGCUCAACACUACUUUGUUCGAUUCAAUGGAUUAGGGAUACAAGUACUACACCAAUUCCGAACAAGGGCCCUGCCCUGGCUUCUACCUUCCUUCCUUGCUCCCCUGUCCCGGUGUCCCUCUCAGAUCCUUCCUUUCCAUCGCAUCCACUCACCCUCCGUUGCCAUUACAAUAUUGGGUACUACCAGCUAAUACUAACCUUAAUUACCUGCUCUGCUACGCUUUUUUUUUAUUACUUCGUCCCCUCCAUUCGGGUGCUCCUGCCCCCUUCACUCUCUUUCCUUUCUGCUCCAUCAUCGGCGCUCGGAUCAAUCCCUCUGCUUGGUUUCAUUCUGCUGCUUGCUUUGCUACCUGUGCCUAUGCUGUUAUGAAAACAUUGCUCCUCUGAGUUCCAUAAGCAACCUAAACAAAUUUCCAACUAGUAUAAGGGAAUGGACUCUGCUAUCAGAGACAACCUACAAGGGUGAACUCUGAAUAUUCUCGCAAAUUGGCAAAAUAGUUGGGCCAACGGCGCCAUGUUACGGCCUCAAGUAUUCUUUCUUUGCUCCAUUAUCAUCACAUUAUCUUUUGCCCAUUUGCAACCAUCGACUGCACAGAUCACUGCACCAUGGGAAGUCGAUGCGCUGAAAGCUAUCAGGGGCAGCUUGAUAGAUCCACUGGGACGUCUUAAGAGCUGGAACCGUGGAGAUCCGUGCAUGGGAAAUUGGUCCCAUGUUAUCUGUUACAAUGCAACAGCAAGUGAUGGAUACUUGCAUGUACAGGAAUUACAGCUCCUACAGUUAAAUUUAUCUGGAACUUUAGCACCUGAGCUUGGCCAGCUUUCUCAAAUGAAAAUCAUGGACUUUAUGUGGAAUACAAUCGGCGGGAGUAUACCUAAGGAGGUUGGCAACAUCACUUCUCUGGAAUUACUGCUCCUAAAUGGAAACCAAUUGAAUGGUUCUUUACCAGAGGAGAUUGGCUUCCUUCCUAAUCUGAAUAGGAUUCAGAUUGAUCAGAACCAUAUAUCUGGACCCGUACCUAAAACAUUUGCUUACCUGAACAAAACCAAACACUUUCACAUGAACAACAAUUCAUUGAGCGGUCAAAUUCCACCUGAGUUGUCUAGACUACCUUCACUUGUUCACCUAUUGUUGGAUAACAAUAACUUGUCAGGCUAUAUUCCUCCAGAACUAUCAAAGUUACCAAAAGUGCUGAUCAUCCAACUAGACAAUAAUAAUUUCUCUGGAAGUUCAAUUCCUUCAUCUUAUGGCAACAUCACGACACUUCUAAAAUUGAGUUUGAGAAACUGCAGCUUGGAAGGACUUGUUCCUGAUGUCAGUGGAAUACCCCAACUUGGCUACUUGGAUCUUAGUUGGAAUCAGUUGACGGGUCCCAUACCAUCCAACCAAUUGGCGAGCAACAUAACUACAAUUGAUCUUUCCCACAAUCAUCUUAAUGGUUCCAUUCCUGGAAGUUUCUCUGGGCUUCCUAAUCUCCAAAGAUUGUCAUUGGACAACAACAACUUGGAUGGCUCUGUUCCAUCUAAUGUCUGGCGAAAUAUUGAUUUCAGUGGAAAUAGAACUCUUAUACUGGAUUUCCAGAACAACUCUCUCGCCAAUCUAUCAAAUCCUCUUUUACCCCCUGCCAAUGUUACCAUCCUGUUAUAUGGAAACCCCGUAUGCACAGUUCAAAAUCAAUUGAAUAUUUCUCAGUAUUGUCAAUCAAGGGCAGUUGCUGCACAUGGAGGUUCCGCAAAUAACAGUACACGUUGUGCACCAUGCUCUACUGACCUUCCUUACGAAAACAUACCAAUGUCACCAAUACCGUGCUUAUGUGCCAUUCCACUUUAUGUGGAUUACCGGCUUAAGAGCCCAGGGUUUUGGAAUUUCGUUCCAUAUGAAGUCCAAUUCCAACAGUACUUAUCAUCCGGGCUUUCAUUGUCAUUGUACCAAUUAGAACUUUCUACUUUUAUGUGGGAAGAAGGCCCAAGGUUGAAGAUGUACCUAAAACUAUUUCCAAAUAACACUGCAUUUUUCAAUGCAAGUGAGGUGUUCAGGCUCAGAACUAUGUUCACAGGCUGGCAGAUUCCGGACUCUGAUAUAUUUGGGCCCUAUGAACUUAUCGACUUCAACCCAGGGUGGUACAACAACAUAUUACCACACCGUGCAAAGUCCAGUCUGAGUACAGGUGCCAUUGUUGGGGUAGUCAUUGCAGCAUUUGCUGCAGCUGCCAUUCUUUCAUCCCUCAUUACUAUUGUUAUAUUGAGAAGACGUUCAAGACAUUCUUCAAAAAAACGCUCUGUGAAAAGAAUUUCGAUGAAAAUUUCUGGUGUAAAAGACUUCACAUUUGAAGAAUUGUCACAUUGUACAAAUGACUUCAGUGAUUCAACACUAAUUGGUCAAGGAGGGUAUGGGAAAGUAUACAGAGGUGUGUUGGCUGAUGGAACAGUAGUUGCAAUAAAACGUGCACAGCAAGAAUCUCUUCAGGGUUCAAAGGAAUUCUUCACAGAGAUAGAAUUGAUGUCCAGGCUGCAUCACCGAAACCUGGUUUCUUUGUUUGGUUAUUGUGAUGAAGAAGAUGAGCAGAUGCUGGUAUACGAGUUUAUGCCCAAUGGUAAUCUACGUGAUCAUAUUUCAGUUAAGGCUAAAGAGCCUCUAAAUUUUCCCAUGAGGUUACGGAUUGCUCUGGGAUCGUCACGAGGUAUCCUCUAUUUGCACAGUGAAGCGGACCCUCCAAUAUACCAUCGCGACAUCAAAGCUAGCAAUAUUCUAUUGGACUCGAAGUUUGUUGCAAAAGUUGCUGAUUUUGGUCUCUCACGGCUUGCUCCGGUGCCAGAAACAGAGGGGAGUACCCCUGGUCAUGUCUCCACUGUCGUGAAGGGUACCCCGGGUUAUCUUGACCCGGAGUAUUUCCUCACUCAUAAGCUCACAGACAAAAGUGACGUGUACAGCCUCGGUGUUGUGUUUUUGGAACUACUGACGGGGAUGCAGCCUAUUUCUCAUGGAAGAAAUAUAGUUAGAGAGGUUUUGGCGGCCAAGCAGUCCGGUAUGAUAUUCUCGGUGGUCGAUAACCGGAUGGGCUCAUACCCCACGGAGUGCGUGGAGAGGUUUGCUGCGUUGGCGCUGCGGUGUUGCCAGGAUGAGACGGAUGCUAGGCCGUCCAUGGUGGAGGUGGUUAGGGAGCUGGAGGUGAUACGGCAGAUGACACCGGGGGCUGAAAACAUAGCAUCGUCAGAAUCCGGCGUGGCGAUGGGCUCUAGCAGCAGCAGCAACGCCACCGGUGCACCCACAACGUCGUCGGGGUCGCGGAUGCUUUCUUCUGGUGAUCACUACAUUUCGUCGAUGGAGGUCUCCGGUAGCAACCUGCUCAGUGGCGUUGUGCCCAGCAUCAAUCCACGCUGACCAUAGGAGCAGGAGCAGGAGCAGGAGCAAGAGCAGAGCUAUAUCUCCAUACCAUCCGCACAUUGUAUGCGUCAAUGUUAUUAUUACAGAUAGAAAAGAUGGCAUCGAUCUCUUCUUGUAUAUUUUAGUGCAAUCAGUGCAGUGCAGUGCAGUGGUUACUGAUGCUUGCGUCACUAUGUGCAUUUGCGUAGAAUUUAGGAAAGUAAUGCUCGGUUAUUAUACUGGUAGUAUGUAAUAAUAAUGACUCAAUUGCCCUAAGAUUCCUUGCUUAACUGGUGAAGCUUUCAUUUGUCUUGUGUGACAAAUGAAAGCUUUCACCUGUCGUGGAGUGGGAUCCAUGUCAGAAUAAAAAUAAAUUCAACUCUCUCCUGUGGCUUUUGAGCCCAAGGACUGUCAAAUAUAUGGCCCCUAUGUGUUACAAUUUCUUUUGC